GAUUGAAAAAGCGCUUUUUUGCCACACAAACACGCACGCAAUGGCAACUGUCACUUUCAGCACGACACGUUUACAUCAAGCGCAUGCGUUCCAGCUACUCCUUUCUCGCACUCACCCAUCGUAAUAUCAAAUACGGGGCGCCUCCAUCGUCAGCCAUGAGGAAGGAAAAGGAAAGCUGUUCUGUUCAAGCUCGACUGGCUGGACAGAGCGCUGGUGGCGUCAUUCUGCUGAACACCGUCGGCCGAGUCGGAUGGGCAAGCUGUAGAGAGUCUUUCUGUUUCCUGUGUAGUGUCUGUGCAUUUGUGCGUGCACCUGUGUGCGCGCGCGUGUGUGUGUGAGUGUGUGUGGCUGGUAGCAGCUUCAUCCUCACCUCAGGAAACAAACGGGAGGAAAAUCUUGCGUGUGGCAGUUUUCUGUUCACUGUUUAGUUUCUCCGUUUUUUUCGCUAGUGCUCUUGCUAAAAGAGCCAACCCAACCUCACCUCACCAACCAUUUUUCCUGUCGGAACGGUUUGAGUAAAAGCUUGCAAAGAUUGCAACAGCAAUAGAAAUUACAGCUAUGCCUGAAGUGCUCCCACUUUCUGGCAUGGCUGACGCCGAGCCGGACCUCUCGACGUUCGAGAACAAGUCCGGCCUGGCGGAGGACAUGAAGUUUCUCGCCUCGAUGCCGGAGCUGUGCGACGUGACGUUUCUGGUGGGCGAGACGCGCGAGCCGGUCUGCGCGGUCAAGGCGGUGCUGGCCGCCCGCUCCCGCGUCUUCCAGAAGAUGCUCUACCAGGCCCCGUCGCCGCAGCGCAAAAAGGAGCCGCCGCCGCGCGAGAACAAGCUGCGCCUCUUCCUGAAGCGCUCCUCCGAGCCGCUGCUGAACCUGCAGAAUGCGGCGCAACAGCCGGCCGGUCAGCAGCACCAGACGCUCAUAAUAGAAGAGUUCGAGCCGGACGUGUUUCGGCAGCUGAUCGAGUACAUUCACACCGGCUGCGUGACGCUGCAGCCCCGCACCCUGCUCGGCGUGAUGAAUGCCGCCGACUACUACGGGCUGGAGGAGCUGCGCCGGGCCUGCGGUGGCUUCGUGCAGUGCUGCAUCAACGUGGACACGGUGUGUGCGCUGCUCGCGUCGGCCGAGCGCUACAUCCAGUACAAGUGCACCAAGAGCCUGGUGCAGAAGGUGCUCGAGUUUGUGGACGAGCACGGCAACGAGGUGCUGAAUCUGGGCAGCUUCACGCUACUGCCGCAGCACGUGGUGAGGCUGAUACUGGCGCGGGAGGAGCUGCGGGCCGACGAGUUCACCAAGUUCCAGGCGGCGCUGAUGUGGAGCAAGAAGUACUGCGACUCGAACCAGAACACGCCGCUGAAGGAGGUGAUUGGGAACUUUCUCGAGUACAUCCAGUUCCACAAGAUACCGGCGAACGUGCUGAUGCGCGAGGUCCAUCCGCUCGGGCUGGUGCCGUACUCGAUCAUCAUGAACGCGCUGGCGUACCAGGCAGACCCAGCAAGUGUGGACCCCGGAAAGCUCUCCCCCAACUCCAGCCGACACCAUCACCACAGCCAGCAUCUGCACCAGCCGAACAGUGGCGGGUCGAGCAGCUCGCGCUCGCUGCCCAAGAUACGGAAGGCCAAGUCGCAGAGCUUCCGGACCCGUCGCAGCCCCUCCGAGCGCAGCUCCAAGGGCGGUCACGUAUCGCCGUGGAACUUUAGCGCGCAGCUCAGCACCGGAACCGGUACGAGUACACAGGUGCAGCAGCAGCAGCAGCAGCAGCUGCCAAAGUCUCCUGUCGGUAGUAUGACGCAUCUGGAGCAGCACCGCAGCUCGAUCAGCUCGGCCAAGAGUCCGUGUCUGUCGCGUCAGGGCACGUUGCGAUCGUCCCAUCGGCGGAAGAGCAGCCUCGGCGCUUCGCUUAACCUGAGCCAGGGACGGCGCAGUCCGAUCAGCAUGCUGAACGACCGUAGUCCCUCGGGACGGCCCAAGAGUCCGAACCUGCUCAUCACCGAUCAAGCGUACGCGUCCAGCUUCGAUCGUCGAUCGCCCACGGCCAUGUCGUUCUCGGGCCGGCGCAGCCCGUCCGGACUGCGAUCACCCUCCGGUGGGCUACGGUCCCCGUCGGGGCGUCGCAGCCCGCUCGGCUUCAACCUGCAGUCGGAGUACUCGGAGCUGCUGCAGAGCCAGCAGGAUCGGUUCAGUCCCAACUCGCUCAGCAGCCACCAGUCGACGAGCGGGGCGGAUCGACGCACCAGCCCAACCAUCCAUCUACCUCCAGAGCGUAGUCGCAGUCCGGUCGGGUUCGGGUCCCGGCUCGGCGGCAGCCUGUACGGCCCCGUAGGGUCGGAAUCGCGCUCGGCCCGCACCAGCCCUACCACGCUGGGCACGAUUCCGCCGAUCACCAUCUCCAAUCCCUCGGAGACGUACGAGAUUGUGCAGAAGUCUAUCGAAACGAACCAGCAGCAGCAGCAGCAGCAGCGCAGCCCAAAGAGCCCCAAAAGCCCCAAGAGUCCCAUGAAACCUGAACCGGGCGCAGCGAACGGUGGCGGCCAGUCAGCCCCCGAAAAGAAGGAGAAAACGAGCGUCAUGAAGGAGAUACUGGCGUUCGUGCGCAAACCCUCUAAGAAGGUUACGACGCGCACGAGAAAGUUUGCGGCGGCAUUCACGCGCACUGAGUCUACCACGGGAGCGCCUCUGCUGCGUCAGAGCACCUUCUCCAGCAUUCAGAACUCUUCCAGCUGUGCUGGGCGCAAUGCGAUCACCAAGCAGAUGUCGGAGAUUGCCUUCGAGCCGAUCAUGUCGUCGCUCAAGUGGAAGAACGUCGGCUCCAAGAUGUCGCUCAAGUCACUCAAGAAGCUGUCCCAGGGUAUGAGCGUUACCUCGGAUGGACGCUCGCGGGACAAGCGCUCCAGUGGCGACGAGGUGAGCGAUGUGGAGAGCAGUGACGGGGCAGCAGGAGCAUCCGGAAUUCCCAAUGCCUCGGAGGCGGUGUUUGAGGUGCUUGAGAGCGUCCAUUUUGAGAAGGUCGGCGAAGCGUACAUCAAGCACGACCAGAUACGGGAAGAGGAAAGUCCGCGCGGCUCGCAGGAUAGUGCGGCUGGCAGUGAUGACGAUGAGCGGCACGGGUCAGACAGUGGCCGUCUGCGGGUGACAGCUGUCAGUGAGAUCAAGAAAUCGUUGGAAGCUCUUUUUACACGCCAAGAGCCGAUUGAUGAGGCGGGUGAAACGGGUACCACGGGAACGACUCGCGAACCGGACGCCAUCCAAUGUCCAACGUUCGAGAUUGAGCCACCCUCCAGGAGAGCUUCCUUUGAUCCGCCUCGCUCGCCGUUCUUGGAGAACCUGCGCAGCCUGAGUGACACCGAUCAUGAGGGAACUCAUCACAGUCGGUUGGAUUCGGGCGGUGAUAGCUUUGAGAUGAUUGACACGACCGACCGAAUGCCGGGAUCGAGCGUUUCCGGCGAUCGCCACUCCUCCAUGGACACAAGCUUUGACAUCUCGCGCUAUCAGUCCACGAGCUACGAGGAUCAAAACUCGAGCUUCGAGCUGGUGGAGCUGGACAACUCCCAGCGCGGUGACAAAACGCUCUCCCCGUUCGACAUCCGCAAGUCAUCGAUCGAGCUCGUCGAUGCGGAAACGUUCCAGCGCUCCGGCUAUCCGGAGGGUCGCAAAUCCUCCCUCGAGACGCACUUUGACCUUGCCGACAGCUACCAGCAGCAUCAGCAGCACCAGCAGCAGCGCUCCGCCAGCCCCCGAUCCGCCUUCUCGCUCAUCUCCAACUCGCGGGCACCGACGCGCAAGCAAAUCUCCGAGCCGGGCCGCUGCCGGGACUCACUGCCACGAUCCGGUGCACCGGCGGGCGCCGGCACCGGCAUGAAGACGCACUACUCCGCACCGCACCGUGCCAAAUCGCCCCUCUCGAACCAAACCUCGUCCAACUUUAGCUCGCGCGACAGCUACGACUCCAUCUUUGAGUCGAUGCCACCACCGCCACCACACUACCACACGCACCAGCAGCAGCAGCAGCAGCAGAAGAGCCCGUACUCGUCGUCCGACCCGAAGCAACACUUCCCGCUGCCGCCCCGCAAAUCCUCGAACGAGUCGCCCCGCUUCCUCUGCACCGACAAGCGCUGUGCCGCCAUCUUUGAGCCGCGCCCGUCGGUCGGAUCGAUCGGGACGGUCAGUGCGGGCGGCGGCGUCGGUGGCGGCAUCGGUGCGGCCUCGGUGACGGGCCGGCUGUCCUCCUGCUACCUGGACACGUCGAGCGGCAGCGAGUUCGAGCCGCCGUCGCCGCGCCGUGCCGCCAGUGCCUCGCCCAAGCACACCUUCACCUUCCGGAUCGUGCUGAAGAAGGUGGAUAGCUCGCCAGACGCGAUCUGCCCGUCGGCCGAGCGGCGCCAGCUGCGCGAAAAGGCCGAAAGCCGCCACAAGCGGCGGGACAGCCGCCGGAAGAAGCUGCUCGAAAUCGGGAAGAGCUUCUAAGAAGCAGUAGAAGAAGAAAGGAAACGCGCGCGCGCCGUCGAGAUCACACAGAACCAAGCGGGUUGGAUCUCGCCUCGCAACGAAGGAAUUGGCGUUCUGGCGUUGAACGCUUCGUUUUGUUUGCAUUUCGUUUGUGUUUAUUGUUGUAGUACGAGCAAAAAUGUACGAAGCUCGAGUAGCUGGAACUGCUCGAAUAGUUAAGCAGCACAAGUUUCAGUAGUUUAGUUCAAGUUCGUUUCAAAGCAUUCAAUCAGAGCGCGACAUUGUUAUGAGUUCUGCAUUAACACAGGAGUUAAAGAUUCAGUAAUUCGGUAAUAACUUCUCGAAAGUUUCUAAUUACCAGACAAACUAAUGAUUGGGGAUGCCAAAUGAAAUUUUUGCAAACAUUUAAUAACACUCUAGCCGUCGUUUUUUGCAUGUCUUGACAGUCAAACUCAUUCAUCAUAUCAAUAAUCGAUCGUUUUUGCCCCCGUUUGAAUAUUUGACUAAGUAUUUGAAAUUCCAUAACACCGCAGCAUAUAUGGGGCAAAGUGUGUGGUUCGUUCACUAACCGAUUCUGAUCGUGGUUCAGAUUAAGCAUAUAACAGGAACGUUUUUAAAACCUCUCCAUCUUGCCGGUGCCGGUAUCGACGUUUUUGUGGAGAAAGUAUCAUCUUCCCACAACACAUGCACUUCCUACAAACGAAACGUGUUCAAAAUAAUAAUAUAAACAAACAGAAAAGGUGAAACAAGUGGACGAGAGUGAAGUAAAAAAAAAAAAGCUAUACCGUUACCGUUCCUCCUCAGGUGUACUUGAUAAUCGUAUAGAAAGGAAGCAAAGCAGAGUCAUGCAGAGUUGUUGUAGUAACCCCUGUACUCAGUACCCUGUACUGUUUCACUCACUUUCUUUUCCACCUUCGAUGGCACAAAAUCGUGUUAAAGACCCUUUCUUACUCCUCCCUUCACAAGAUACUCACUCACGUUUUCCAAAGUGCAAAACACCUCGAAAAUCAAACGCUCGAUCUCGCGCCUGCGAGCAUCGUUAAAUUCAGAUGUAUAUGAAAAGUAGUAGAAAUGUUACAUUUUUCACUCAAAUUCGUAAACUUUAUCAAAUGUUACCCCGUGUUGCGUGAAGCAGAAGAAGGCUCGUUAUUUAGUAUCGAUCUACACACCACUUUGAUGGAAGAUUACAACACACGGUUACACACGGUUCACACAGCCUGAUGACUGAUGAUGGCACUCAAAUUGCAGCACACAUUUACUUUACAUGCUCCUUGCAGUGAGAAACGUGACAGAAACUGAGCAGUCGCUCAGAAGACAGAAGCACAAGAGGCAGUGCAGGUAUAGGGCCAGCAAAGUACUGAAGGGUUCGGUGGACAGACUGGUUGGUUCGGACGUUCGGUACAACUGGCAGACAGAAUAGAGAAGAAAGAAGAACAAGAAACACGCACACUUGAAAACUUUCCGGGAUCAAAGCGUCUUCUCUUAGGCACUCAAAUCAAACUCACACUCACUCUUUCUCGGGCAAACGGAACGAAGAGCACAAGAGUUGGUUUCGAUGUAGCGUUUACAGAUAGGGUAGAAUAUACUGGAGUAUACUAGUAGUUCCGGCAACAACUACGGUAGCAACAACAGACAACUUGUGCCGGGCUAUAUGGGCUGACGCUGUCGAUCAGCCGUGUGGCAACAAACUCACCAAACACAUCACAACAAACAAACAUAAAAACAAUCAAACAACAGAGACACUCUGGAGGGGUCCGUCUUAACUGUAUACGCGAAUGUGUUUCCCAUUUGUGUUGGCGCGCUGUAACGCUUUCCCGCAUCCUUUCGCAAUCCCCCAGCUAGAAUAGGUGUAACUCCCAGAUGUGACAACAUGGUGUGACGGGUUCGUACGGAUCGAAAAAAAGAUCAUGCCGGCGACACUGAAACUGUUAUAAGUGUAUUUUGUGUGAGUGUUUGUUCAUGAAUGUCGACUAUCUAUAAUGUCUAUGUUGUGAACCAGAAGCGCAUUCCAGCAUGUCCCGAUCUACUAGAGCACGAUCACGAUCCAGUGUGCCCCAGAUGCAUGUUACUGGAUAUUUCCAAAGGAUCUCCACUCAUAUUCUACAACAUUCUAUCCCUUCUUUCAUUGUGUGCCAAUUAUCCGCUCACUCUUAGGACCCUUAUUUCCUUAAUGUCCUCAAUCCCAAGGGCAGCAAGCCAUUCUACAGUUCUCUCAAUAAGCCAAAAAAUGACGCGAUACGGGAAUCCACAUGGACUCUUAUCACAAGACACCCACAGACACUACGGAGGUCCAAGGUCCAGUUACUCAUGCAACCUCAUCCCGCUACACUUCGCCCACUGCAACACAUCAAACUUCUAACACACACUCACACACCUUUUACCCACCCAAUCGUAUUGUGAGACAGUCAAAGUCAAGGAAAUCCAUUUGUCUACAUCCAUUUAAUCGGUGUAUGUUGAUUGACAAAACCAAACAAAAAAAACACACACACAACCAAGCAAAAUAUACAUACAUAUAUAUUGAUGAUGAAAA